AAUGCGACUGCUUUCUCCUCCUGUUUCAUCCUUCUGGGGAAAGCAGAACACGAGAUAAUGCUGCGAGAAGACGACGAAUUCGAGAUCAACCUUCUGAGAAGACAACUUGAAGCAUCUUUGGUGAGCAACAUUUCAUUGGCAAAAGAAAAUGAGGAGCUGCGGCAAGAAGUGGCUCGUCUCAAAGCACAAGUUAGUACCCUUAGAGCACAUAACCAUGAGAGGAAGUCCAUGCUGUGGAAAAAGCUACAGAACUCGAUGGAUGGCAGCAACAACAUCGACGUAUUGCAACAGAAGCCGUCGUUUCUUGUCAAUCUAUCAUCAGGGCAGAGCCAAGCAGUGGAGAAACUACAUCAAAAGCCAGACUUCUUAGAAUCAGAAGCAACAAAGGAAAAACCACAAAAGGCACCUAAUCCACCACCAAGCCCGCCUAGUUCAACUUCUCCAGUUUUUCUCAAGGAAGUCAAAGAACAUAAAGUGUCAUCACCACCAUCACAAGCGCCUCCACCUCCUCCACCGCCACUGCCCUCAAAAGCACUUGUUGGAUCAAAAGCAGUGCGGCGUGUACCAGAAGUGAUGGAGCUGUACCGUUCACUGACAAGAAGAGAUGCCAACAUGGAGAACAAAAGUAGUCCUGCUAAAGCUCCAGCGCUUGCCCUUACUAGGAACAUGAUUGGAGAGAUAGAAAACCGGUCGACUUAUAUUUCUGCUGUAAGGACAGAAGUGGAAACACAAGCGGAAUUCAUCAACUUCUUGAUUAGGGAGGUGGAGUCUGCUGCCCACAAGAAGAUUUCCGAUGUCGAGGCAUUUGUGAAUUGGCUAGACGAGCAGCUAGCGUCUUUGGUCGAUGAAAGGGCGGUUCUGAAGCAUUUUCCUCAGUGGCCAGAACAGAAAGCGGAUACACUGCGAGAGGCUGCUUGCAACUACAGGGAUUUAAGGAACCUGAAAACCGAAGUUCUGUCAUUUGAGGACAACCCAAAAGAGCCUCUGAGCCAGGCCGUGCGAAGAAUGCAAGAAUUGCAAGACAGGUUGGAGCGGAGUGUCAACAACAUAGAACGGACAAGGGAAAGCACUAGCAAGAGAUACAGGGAUUUCAAGAUUCCUUGGGAUUGGAUGCUGGAUACAGGUCUCGUUGGCGAGAUGAAAUUAAGCUCACUGAAACUAGCCAAGGAGUACAUGAAAAGAAUCACCAAAGAACUCCGAUCUAACAACGACUGCACGAGAGAAGAAAAUAAUCCCCUGCUUCAAGGAGUUAGAUUUGCUUAUCGCAUCCAUCAAUUUGCAGGUGGGUUUGACGCAGAGACCAUACAAGUUUUUCAAGAACUAAAGAGAAUAGGACUUCGAGUUAUCAGGCAAUAGUUUGUUAUGUUUAAGUGUCAACAUACAAAAACUGUGAUUGAUAAUUAUCAAAGUGGCAGUGAUACAACAAGAACGCCAUCAAAAUGGAGUGUGUUUGAGCAACAUGGUUUAUAAGCAAAAUUUUUA